GGCGGCGGCGGCGGCGGCGAUGUUCUCCGUUCUGUCGUACGGGCGGCUGGUGGCCCGCGCCGUGCUGGGAGGCCUCUCGCAGACCGACCCCCGAGCCGGGGCCGGGGCCGGGGCCGGCGGCGGCGGCGACUACGGGCUGGUGACCGCCGGCUGCGGCUUCGGAAAGGACUUCCGCAAGGGCCUCCUCAAGAAGGGAGCCUGCUACGGGGACGACGCCUGCUUCGUGGCCCGACACCGCUCCGCCGAUGUGCUCGGUGUAGCAGAUGGUGUAGGAGGAUGGAGGGAUUAUGGAGUUGACCCGUCUCAAUUCUCAGGAACUUUAAUGCGAACGUGUGAACGUUUGGUAAAAGAAGGACGGUUUGUACCAACCAAUCCUGUUGGAAUUCUCACCACAAGUUACUGUGAGCUGUUGCAGAAUAAAGUACCUUUGCUUGGAAGCAGCACAGCCUGCAUAGUAGUUCUGGAUAGAACAAGUCAUCGUUUACAUACAGCAAAUUUGGGAGACUCUGGAUUUCUGGUAGUUAGGGGAGGAGAAGUAGUACACCGGUCCGAUGAGCAACAGCAUUACUUCAACACUCCAUUCCAACUCUCAAUAGCUCCUCCCGAAGCAGAGGGAGUAGUCUUAAGUGACAGCCCAGACGCUGCCGAUAGUACGUCUUUUGAUGUCCAGUUAGGAGACAUUAUCCUGACAGCAACAGAUGGACUCUUUGACAAUAUGCCCGAUUACAUGAUACUUCAGGAGCUGAAAAAGUUAAAGAACUCAAAUUAUGAGAGCAUCCAACAGACUGCGAGAAGCAUUGCUGAACAAGCUCAUGAGCUGGCAUAUGACCCAAAUUACAUGUCACCUUUUGCACAGUUUGCGUGUGACAACGGAUUGAAUGUGAGAGGAGGAAAACCAGAUGACAUCACUGUCCUUCUUUCCAUAGUAGCUGAAUAUACAGACUAACUCACCAAAAUGUCCACUUUUUUCUUCAUUGUCCCUGAGUUCUUCCCUCCAUGUGUACUGUUCCUGCUGGCAGGACCACAUUUUUCUUUGCCGUUGAUCUCAGUAGCCAGUGAUUUAAGCCUGUUGCCUGUCUUUUUAAAGACCCAGUUGAGACUUUAAGAACCACUAUUGGAUAUACUAGCUCACAUUUGCCAGCAAGAAUUGAUGACAUUCAAGACUUGAAGUUUGUCCUGCAUUACUAAUAAUCCUUUCCAAGGGAGGAACCUUCAGAGCCAUACAGGGCUGCUACAUUUCAGAAAUCACUGGUUGAAGUAUCAAAACUGAAUUAUGUUGGUAGAUUAUUCAAAACGAAAUAUAUGUAAAAGUGAUUAAAACAAAACACACCCCAAAUCAUAUUCUACUUCAUCUACUAGAAAAGUCCAUUAUUCAUUGAAGGAAAUGUUACAAAUAUGCCAUCAUAUGCAUAGUCUUGUUAAGAUAAAAGGGUGUAUGUGUUUUUCUGUUAUAAGCUUCAAUUUUUCAGAGGCUUAUAAUUGUGCUGUAAAAAUAGUUCUGGGUUUACCUUAAGAUACUGAAGUGUUGAACCCAAGAGCCCUUUUUUAUUCCAAAAUGAGCAGAAAUGAUGAGUUUAUGUUCUAAGGGUGCAAAUGUUUUGUGCUUUUAAAAAAUAUGCUUGUGUUCCUAUGGCUAAGAUUUUGGCAGAUCACUAGUCUAGUCCAUGGGCUAGUGGAACUGAUUUCUUGGAAUGUGCAGUGAGGGGAGAGAGACAGUUUUUAAAGAAUAAUGAGGAAAUGAUGAUAAGAUUGUGACAACUCCCGAAAGCCUGGAGAUUUGAAGUUGUAGCUUAAAAAAGGAAAAAAAAAAUAUUCAACCCGCUUCAUUAUAUUACAGAGAAGAGGGAUGAAAGGAGAGAGAAGUAUAAUGAUAUAAUAUCUUGUGAACUUUGGACCACAGAUAAGAUGGGUAAAGAACAGACAGCUGUAACUUUGAAUUUCCUUGGCUUUCAAUUGACAUCAUAACCUACAUAUUAAUGGGAUUCUAAUUUUAAGAAAAUAUGCUGCAGCAUCAUUCAAUUUAAACGUGACCUGACUUUAUCAGAAGAGAGUACUUCUCCUUGUGCUGUGGCAGCAACACUAUAUCUGCAAGUGGAAAAAUUAGUAAUAUUUGCAGGUGUAGUAAAUGACAUAUAAGGAUUACUGAAUCAAGCUUAAUAAUGUUUACAAUUAUCCAAGAGCCAUUUUACAAUCUACCAUUUCCUUAAAUUACCUGAAAUCGAGUUCCCCAUUAUCAUGGCGCUCCUUUAUUUUUAAGGCUCAUGUAAAAGGUGACUGCUGUAAAGAUAUAUAUUUUUGGUCCAUUUUGCCCCCCUUAACUUCUUGGUGGUAGAAAAAUAUAUUAUUCUUAGAAAUACUUAAAUUAAAGCCAUGUUUUAUAUAUGUCAAAUACCAUUGAUGUUUAGAUGAGGAUGCAGUCAAGACUGAUUAGUAAGGAUUGACUUUAGGAGGAUAUUGAAAGCCUUUCUCUGCAAACUAAGAUCUUACUACCUGGUUUGUUGUAGUAAAACUAUUAUGUCUGAGGUUACCUCAACCUGUUUUAGAGGAUUUUUUUUUUUUUUGGUGAAAUUGUACUGUAUAUUUGCAUAACUGUAUGUCAAAGCUUUUGUUUUAUUUAAAAAUCAUUUAACAUGUACCAUGUACAUGUCAUUACUAUAUUUCAAUGCAUCAUGCUUGUAACAGGCAUUUCAUUUAUGAUGAGAAUGAGUUAUUCAUUUGUAAACAGUUCAGUAAUUUAUCUACUAUUCCUAAAUUGGCAUAAUUUUAGCUAUAUAUUUUGAAUCACCUUUAAUUACGUGUCAGAAGGCCUUAACUACCUUAACUUGACAAAAUAGAAUUCUUUGGUAAGAAUGUUGGGAGUGGGAGAGCGAAAUCAUGUUAGUGUGAUUAAAACAUUGAACAGCGAGUGACAUGUGGUGGAUAAUUAUUUUGCACAAUGUAUUUGCAGACUCUGGGUAAUAAUUGUAAAAGUAAAUUAAGUUGCAUCCAGAUGGAUUUUUGGGAGGAAUAUAUAUGUAUUCCUCUAGAUGUGUGUAUAUAUACUUCAAGAGGACACCACUGACCGUGAAUUUCAUCUAUGGGUGCACGAGGAAGGACUAUAUUCCUCCUUAGGCAUAUGACUUCAUUUCUUUUGUUUUGGUUUUUGUUAAAAUGGUAUUCUUCAAAAUAUUUAACCUCAACCUGAUACCCUCAGCAUUAAUUUUCCAAUGCCUACAGUUUACAUUUUUAAUGAAAGCAGAGGUAGUAAGUCAUUGGUUUUCCUCUGUUCUCAUCUAACCCGGCACAAUCUGUCCAGAACUAUACUGAUAUUUAGGCAGAUGACUUAAAUUAAAAUCUUCCUUGAAUAACGGCUCUUGCAAAAUGGACAAACAAAAUCCCCUUUUAUAUUUGUUCCAGAAAAGGAAGGAGCAGAAAGGUUGUAACGUGCAGUUGUCCUGAGAUUUCACCUGUAGACCACAAAUCGUUUCGUCAUUGUAGUCCUUCACCAGCCUUUCUUAUGUCGUGUACUAUGUUUUGUAAUUAAUACGUCGUAUAGGGGGCUGUGGAUCAAUUCAGCGUACGGAACAAGUGCUUUCCCCCAUUCUGCUCAGUUGUCACAUGCUUUGGUCGCCCCUCAAUCCAGAGUUUUGGAAUCCUAAACGGUGAAAUGGGAGCCUCUGUGUUGGGGACUGAGCUGUUCCACCCUUGGGGCCAUCUGAUUCUAACCCUAUUGUUUGUGCUAAUGAUGUUUGAAACCAAGCGGGAUAAAUAAAGCCAUUUGCCUCCUGGGAUGGAUUUUUUAUAACAAGUUAAAAAAUUUGGAUUUUUAAUUUACGAAUGGCAAAUUAUCGCUCACUGGAUGCACCAAAGACCAGUAACGUUUAUAGCUUUUUCCAUCUAUAUUUAUAAAGCAAUACUGUAUUAUAAAGAAGUAAUAUUUUUUAUCAUAUGCUUGAGAAUUUUAUUUUGUUCUGUUUGAUGAUGUGCACUCUAAACAUAUCAGAACCUUAUUUCUUCCUAUGAACUUAAGCUGCCUGCGCACAGAAAAAAAUAAUUGAAUGGAGAUAGGGGAGUCUGUAUACUUAGGAAAAGAAGAUUGAGCUACGGUUGAGGAAAGAAACGUAAUUUGCCCUGAGCUAGAUAAAUUAAUGACAUGACGGGCACUAAUUUACCAAGAAUCUAUUCCAGGAAUAUUUGUUUUGGAGUUAAGCUUGCAUGGAUUUCAGCCGAGCUUUACUUGCCAGAGAGAUUUUUGCUCUUUGCGGUAAUUGCUCUGCGGGGGAGAUGAAACAACAUUAAAGCCCUAGCUAUUAAACCGAGUAAUAAGACUGCAGUUGUGGGAAUUUGCAGAGGAAUAUCUGAGAGAACCUGAAUUUAAGUAAGUAGGGCUGAGACUACAAAAUGUCUACUUGUGGAUAAGUUCACGGUUCCUUGUUACCAUCUUACUAGCUAUAAUCAACAGAGUUGCAGCAUCCAGAUUCCCUGAAAAAAUGUGUCUCGCCAUUAAAUAUACGAAAAGGGAUUUAAAACGGCAAAAUUCAAUACCGGACUGAUGUGUUCAAAACACUAAGUGGGAUAAGAAAAUUUAACAAAGAUGAUUUGAAUUACAAUCAUAAAACACAUCAGUGAGUUCUCAACGGAAUCAGCUGUGUCCAUGUAGAAAAUUCAAAUUGUGUUAGGUAAUUUGUGGCAAAAAUAGCUGAAAUGAUGAAGCAAACCUAAGUGUUAACUAAAAAGGAUGCUUUUUUGUGACUGUUGUUACUUGUCUUACCUAAGAGGUAAAUUAUUUGAAUUGGAUGUCUGAAAUAUAACUUAUGCAGGAAUAGUUCUGUAAAUACAUUUAAAUAAACUGUAAAGCUAUUUAAUAAAAUAGUAUUUAUACUAA